AUGACGCAAACGACACCACCCAGGGCGACGGUUCCGCUGAAAAUCCUCAUCGUCGGCGCGGGCGUCGCUGGCCCCGCCACCGCAUUCUGGCUCUCGCGCCUGGGCCACGACUGUACCAUCGUCGAGCGCUAUCCCGGCCUUCGCGUCAACGGCCUGCAGAUCGACGUCCACGAUGCGGGCGCAGAAGCCGCAGAUCGCAUGGGCGUCCUGGACGAAAUCCGGCGCCGGCGAGUCGAAGAAGAGGGGACCAAGUUUGUCGACGCCGAGGACCGUGUACAGGCCAUUUUCGGACGAAACGACGGCAAGAAGCAAACUCUGACCAGCGAGUACGAGAUUAUGCGCGGCGACCUGUGCAAGCUGCUCUACGAGAGAACGGAGGAGAAAGUCAAGUACAGAUUCGGAGUGACCGUCGACGACUUCAGGAACGGCACAGACGGUGUUACGGUUACACUAUCCGACGGCACGGUCGAGAGAUACGACCUGCUCAUUGGCGCCGACGGACAAGGCUCUCGGGUACGCAGAAUUAUGCUGCACCAGAACGCGGAAGCGUCGUACAGGCGCCUCAACGCCUUCUGCUGCUACUUCACCAUGCCGCGUCAGCCCGAGGACAAGGACAACAUGGCGACCAUCUGCCACGUGCCGGGACAGCGUUUCAUCAUGACCCGCUGGCACACGCAGGCGCGGGGUCAAACAUAUCUCUUCACCAUGAGCCACACCGAGGAGCUGCGCGAGGCGCUCAAGAAGGACCUCGAGGCCGAGAGGCAGGCAUUCACAUGUGCAUUCGCGGACGCUGGGUGGAAAGUGCCGCGACUGCUCCAGGACAUGCAGACUGCCGAAGAUUUUUACGGCCAGGAGCUGGUGCAGGUGGUGUGCCCAAACUGGUCUCUCGGACGGGUCGUGUUGGUUGGUGACGCCGGGUAUGCGCCGUCACCGUUUACGGGCAUGGGCACCAGUCUCGCCUUCAUCGGAGCCUACGUGCUGGCGGGCGAGAUCGCGAGUCACCCCGGCAACCUGCCGGCCGCUUUCGCCGCCUACGACAAGACGCUGCGGCCGAUGGUGGAGAAGACGCAGAAGCUGCCGCCUGGGUUCCCAGGGGCGGCCUUUCAGGAGACGGGGCUGAAGGUAGGGGUGCUGCAUUGGACGGUGUGGCUGCUCAGUGGCAUGUUCCAGCUGGCGCUGGUGCUGAGGCUCCCCGAGGCAUUCUCGGCGAUUGGCAAGUGGUUCCCGGGCAAGGAGUGGACGCUGCCCGUGUAUGAUGAGCUGGAGGCAGUGCGGCCCAAGAACCCGUACCCGAUAUGA